CUUUUUUCUUUACCUUGUAGUGAACUUUGACCACUUCCAGAUUCUCCGGGCGAUUGGGAAGGGAAGCUUUGGCAAGGUGUGCAUCGUGCAGAAGAGGGACACGGAGAAGAUGUACGCCAUGAAGUACAUGAACAAGCAGCAGUGCAUCGAGAGGGACGAGGUGCGCAACGUCUUCAGAGAGCUGGAGAUCCUGCAGGAGAUCGAGCACGUCUUCCUGGUGAAUCUCUGGUAUUCCUUCCAGGACGAGGAGGACAUGUUCAUGGUGGUGGACCUGCUGCUGGGAGGUGACCUGCGCUAUCACCUGCAGCAGAACGUUCAGUUCACCGAGGAGACAGUCAAACUCUACAUCUGUGAGAUGGCGCUGGCUCUCGACUACCUGCGGAGUCAGCACAUCAUCCACAGAGAUGUAAAACCAGACAACAUCCUCCUCGAUGAACAAGGUCAUGCCCAUUUAACAGAUUUUAAUAUUGCAACAAUCAUUAGGGACGGUGAAAGAGCGACAGCAUUGGCUGGGACAAAGCCAUACAUGGCCCCAGAGAUUUUCCACUCAUUCCUGAGCGGCGGGACGGGCUAUUCCUUCGAGGUGGACUGGUGGUCUCUGGGAAUCAUGGCCUACGAGCUGCUGCGGGGCUGGAGGCCGUAUGACAUCCACUCCAACAACCCCGUGGAGUCUCUGGUGCAGCUCUUCAGCACGGUCAGCGUGCAGUACUCCUCAGCCUGGUCCAAGGAGAUGGUCGCACUGCUGCGGAAGCUGCUGACAGUGAAUCCUGAGCAUCGCUUCUCCUGCCUGGCCCACAUCCAGGCCUCGGCUCACCUGUCCGGCGUGGUCUGGAGCGACGUGUGCGAGAAGCGUGUGGAGCCGGGCUUCGUCCCCAACAAGGGCCGCCUGCACUGCGACCCCACCUUCGAGCUGGAGGAGAUGAUUCUGGAGUCAAGGCCCCUGCACAAGAAGAAGAAGAGGCUCGCAAAGAACAAGUCAAGGGAUAACAGCAAAGACAGCUCCCAGUCUGAAAAUGACUAUCUCCAGGAAUGCCUUGAAGCUAUCCAGCAGGACUUUGUCAUCUUCAACAGAGAGAAGUGA